UUCUCUCUCUUUCGUCCCCCUCUCUCUCUCUCUCUCUCUCUCUCUGGGCAUUUUCGUACUUGGGCGAAGAAAGCGGUUUUAUAUCAUUUUCUUGGGCUUCGCCUUUCGGAUUUGGGGGGAAAUCAAAUUGGAGAUCGCGCCGCCUCAAAUCCCCGCCCAUCGCCUCCACUUCCACCCUCCCAAUCGGUAGUCUCGCCGUCCAUCGCUGGAGGUCCUACGGUUUAGGGUUUGGGCAUUUUCUUUUCCGGCAGUAAAGUGAGGAUCUUUCAAUAAUGUCUGUUUAGUAAAGUGAGAACCUUUCAAUAUUUUGUCCAUUUUUUUGUGGGUUGGGAACUCAUCGCGUUUGAAUGGUUCCUGCGAGGGUUAUUGCUAAGUGUGCAGCAAGUUUGAUUUGACCUUGGUUGCUGAGAUCUAUCAGGAAGAGGAGCUUUGCGAUCACCGGAAGAAGGUUGAAAGAUGGAGUGCAAUAAGGAUGAAGCCAUUAGGGCAAAGGUGAUUUCUGAAAAGAAGCUCAUGGAAAAGGAUUACGUGGCUGCCAAGAAAUUUGCCUUAAAGGCCCAAAAUCUCUUUCCAGCUCUUGAAGGCCUGAUCCAGUUGAUAUCAACUCUUGAUGUUUAUAUUGCGUCUGAACGUAAAGCUAAUGGGGAGAGCGAUUGGUAUUCUAUUCUCUGUGUGGGUUCUAUGGCGGAUGAAGAUACAGUCAAGAAACAGUAUAGGAAGUUGGCUCUCCUGCUUCAUCCUGACAAGAAUAAAUCUGUUGGUGCUGAGGGUGCUUUUAAGCUAAUUUCCGAGGCAUGGAGUGUCUUAUCUGAUAAGUAUAGGAGAAUGCUAUAUGACCAAAAAUUGCAGAAAUUUUCCCAACCAACCAAAAACAAAACUGCUCCUUGUAAUGGUAAUGGGUUUCCAAAUUUCUCCAAAAACACUAAAAACACACACAUGGGGAAUGGUAGGACUAAAGUGGUUUCUGCAGCCAUGAAUCUAUCUUGCAAGUCAUCAACACCUGAAACAUUUUGGACAGUUUGUGAUAAGUGCAACAUGCGGUAUCAGUAUCUCAAGGUGUACCUUAAUCAUACCCUUCUUUGUCCUAAUUGCCACAAACCUUUUCUAGCUAAGGAGACGAAGUCUCCUAGCCUAUAUGUAUCAUCGGUGCCAAUUUCUCAGCAGAGUCAGCCAAACUCCAAUCAUAGUGCACCUAGCAAAAAUGCCUCAGGUCAAGUGAAAAGUAACUCAAUGCUUCACAAUAAAGAAUCUAGUGGACUCCAGAAUGGAACAAAUACAGCUUCUUUCAGUCACUCAAACUCCAAAUGGAACCCCUUAUGUUGUAGUACAGGAGUUGCUUGUGCUACUGCCUCAUCAGCUGCUGCUGCACAGGCUGCAAAUGUUAUCCAUCAGACUUAUAAGGAAGUAAGGGGAGACCGUGAAGAGGCACAAACAGCAGCUAGAAGGGAAGUGAAUCUUCACAGGAAAACUAAUGCUCUCAAGAAAAAUACUAAUCCCGCUGGGGUACCUAAUACAGGUCAAAGCAUUAAUAUACCUGUAAAACAAGCGCGAAGCAUUGGUCAUGAGCCUGGGAGUGAUAAAAGAGCAGUUCUGACACAACAAUUUCCUUCAUCUGAGAUAAAUAGAGUGAGUGGAAAUUUUGGUGACACAUUAAAGUCCAGAAUGGUUGAAAGACCAAGCAAUCCAUACAUACAGUUCUGUCUUUUUAAUACUAAAACGAUGUUGAUUGAGAUGACUAAGUCAGCAAUAGAAGUGAAAUUAAAAGAGUGGAAGUCUGCUGCCUCUGUGAAACUUGAUGCGAAAGAAAAUUCUAAGAAGAAACAAAAGCUUAGUGAAACUGGUAAAGAUGAGGGCAACGAUAUGGUGCAUGGGGAUGCUACUGGCCAAAAGCAGACUCUGGAACCUAAGAGUGAGACCAUACAAUGUUUGAAUGAGAACAAUUCACCUAAUGCUCAAUUCGCUGAUUCAGAUAGUGAGAUUAAUGAACCAGUGUCAAUUGAUGUUCCUGAUCCAGAUUUUCAUGAUUUUGAUAAUGAUCGUUCAGAGCAAUCUUUUCGAGGUGAUGAAAUAUGGACUACAUAUGAUGAUGAGGAUGGUAUGCCUCGUUAUUAUGCAUUAGUUCAGAAAGUUAUCACUUUGAAUCCUUUCAAAAUCCGCAUUAGUUAUCUGACGUCAAGGUCCAAUAGUGAAUUUGGCCCGUUAAAUUGGGUUGCAUCUGGUUUUCCAAAGAGCUGUGGUGAUUUCAGAAUAGGACGAUCUGAGGUGAAUACUACCAUAAAUAUUUUCUCGCACAAGGUUAGGUGGGAAAAGGGACCGCGUGGUGUCAUAAAAAUUGUCCCGAGAAAAGGUGAUACCUGGGCUCUUUACCGAAAUUGGUCUCCAGAAUGGAAUGAACAUACUCCUGAUGAUGUGAUCUACAAGUAUGAUAUGGUUGAAGUACUCGAAGAUUAUAAUGAAGAACAUGGUGUAUCUGUUAGUCCUUUGUUGAAAGUUUCUGGAUUUAGAACAGUAUUUAGGCCUAACACAGAUCCCAAGGAAGUAAAGAGAAUCCAAAGGGCAGAGAUGUUUCGCUUUUCACAUCAAGUUCCUUCAUAUUUACUGACCGGUGAAGAAGCUGAGAAUGCUCCAAAGGGAUUCUUUGAGCUAGACCCUGCAGCAACUCCUACAGAACUUCUGCAGAUAAUCCAUGAUAGUAAAACAGAAGCUGUGGCAGAGGCCAUUAAACUAACAGUUACCUAGUUGUUUAACUUGUUUGCUGUGGGAGAUCUUAUCUGGCUGGUCCAAUUUUUUGUCUGCAAACUAAAAUUAGCUGGAGUUAGAAUAUUCAUUUGAUUAAGAAAUUAAGCAUUCUAUUUCGCAAAGCAUCUACUGGUGGUUCCUUAAUUCCUGCCUUGUUAUAUUGGUGAGCAGCUUGAAAUGAGCUGAUACACUCAAGACAAGCUUAUGAUCACUAACCAGUGCCUUCCAUCUGGUAGACUUCAGGUUUUGAUGGGGCAUCUCUCGGGUUCAUUCUUUUUGGGAACCUUUGGCAUAUAGAUUUCAGUAGUCUCUUCAUCGCGAAUACCAUCCUUUUUUUGGGAACCUUUGCCAUAUAGGUUUUAGUAGUUUCUUCAUCGCAAGUAUCUGACAUAUUGUGUAUAUUUUGUUAGUCUCUUGAAAUCUACUGUUACCUGGGUUUUUUUGGUUAUUUCUAUAUCUCAAAAAAUAUAUAUAUAUCUGUUUAGUCUACAGUACUUUCCUA